UUUUCGCAAUUAGUUGAUCAAAUAAGCUGUCAAGAUUUAAUUUAAAUUACCCAUGAGGUUUUUCGUCUGAUUUAUCGGUGAAAGGCAUGAAAGGCUUUGGAGUUUUCUCGCCCUGCAGCGCAACCUCGCGCUACGUUCUGGCGGCCUCAGGCCUGCACGAGUCCUCGUGUAAUACUACGCCAAGAGAGGACACGCAGCCGCUAUCGCUUAACCUACUUGACUUCAAAGUCACCGAAAAGUCGGACUCUAAUUCUGAUUUUUUUACAAAUAGCUUCGAAAACACUAAUUUUAACCAAUUCGCUCCAGAAACGCCGUUCUCAUUUACUAAUACUAGCUUUGGUGGGAGUAAUUUUGAUGAUUACGUGUCGUCCAGGAGCACGGCCGGAAUAGCUGAGUUCUCACUUCUACACUCCAUGCCAGUGGAUUUAAACACUCACCUUACAACCAUGAAGUGGAUUAAACUAGGAGCGCCGUAUACUGACGAUAAGGGUUUAAUAGUAGUUGGAUCAAGUUCUGGGGAUGUUUUUUUCUAUGAUUCAGCAGCCCUAACUGAAAGUAAAACUCUAUUACAAACUUAUACUACUAAUGUUUGUUCCUCACCAAUUAAGUGUUUGGCAUACGGCGGAAAGAAUAAGCUAGGAGUAGCUGGACUUUAUGGACAAGUGUAUUCACUAGACUUGUCAGACCCAUCUAAUUAUGCAGCUACAGAUGUGAGCUACGGUAAGUGGAAAGUGGGACAGGUAACGAGUUUGAGUUGGAACCACCGUUUGCCACACAUACUGGCAUCAGCAGGAUCUGCGCUUAAUCCUGCUGAUACUAGCAACGUUGUUGUCUGGGAUCUUAACGUAAACAGACCAGCAAGCGUAUUUAGAGAUCCCAUUGGACGUGUAAAUCCAGUAGCACUGGACUGGGUGCCGGAUCAAGCAACGUAUUUAGUAGUCGCCUACGGUGAUGAUAACGCACCGUCAGUACAGUUGUGGGAUCUCAGAAAUACUUCAGCUCCACUCUUUGAACUCAAUGCACACAGUGAUGUUAAAUCACACACAGAUGCAAGGGGACAUGGUGAUGUUAAGGCCCAUACAAGAGGAUUGACUGAUUUGAAAUUCUCACCACAUGACCCAAGCGUGUUGCUUACAAGUUCAAAAGAUGAUACCACCAAGUGUUGGCAUUUGACUCCAGAACGCACAUUUACACUACUGUCGACGUUCCAGACAGAAGCGCUAUCACAUCAUUCAAGAGUGGAGUGGCAUCCAAAUUCACCAGGGCUGUUCCUAUCCCAAGCGAAUGAUGGGCAACUUAACGUCCAUGACUUGUAUUCAGGAACAGUUGAAGGAUCAUAUUUACCAGUUUGGACCAGGAAAAGAGGUGGAAUCACUUCUGGAUUUGCAGGUCAAGUUACUUCAUGGAAUAAUGUCGAGCUUAAUAACUUUACUCUCACAUCACAGCUUGAUAGUGAUAGCGUUAAAAUGCUGGAUAGUGUGCUGGAAGUGAUGGGUAUGUUAAGUGACGAGAAUAUGUUUACGGAGUUUUGUGAAUCGAAAGCAAAUUCAAGCACAAGUGAAUAUGAAAAACUUACCUGGUCAGUUCUAAAAUGUCAGUAUAAAGGACAACUGAAAGAUUUGUUGUCAACGUUGGGUUACUCGAAUUUUGAGCCCGCUACUAAUUUAUUGCCAACAGAGUCUGUCAAUUCAAAUGUUACAAAUAGUUUAAAUCUACCAACACAACUGGGUGGAAAUCUGGGAAACCAAUCCCUAAGUAACAGAGGAUCGUAUUUCACUAAUAGAACGAAUAGUUUAAGUGAAGUCGCAUCACAAGAUGAUAAAGAUGCGGAAGAUUUCUUCAAUUCUCUAACCCUCAAUAAUAAUUUAUUAGAUCCCAAUUCUAACUUACUGGACCCUAACGCAGGCCUAUUAAAUCCUAACUCCGGUUUGAUGAAUCCCAACAAUUUAUUGGAUUUGAACACGGAAUCUAAUGUAACCAGCGUGAAUAUGGGAUUGGGUGGUUUAGAUUGGUGCUCGGAUAAGAAAUUGAAGAAUAAGUUAGUGAAUGCAGAUUUUAAAGAAGCGGCAAAGAGAUGCUUGGACUUGAAUAAAGUGGUUGAAGGUUUACUGUUGGCGUACGUAGGAGGCCAGGAGGUGUUUUUAGAAUUAGUGGAAAAGGUAGUGGAGUCUAAAAAGGACCCAUUUCUUAACCUGUUGCACCUGUUAAUGCAAGGUGAUGUUGAAACAGUGCUUUUACACAGUAAUUUGAAAGACUGGAAGGAAACACUUUGCAUCCUUUAUACCUACGGUGGGGACUUGACACUGUUCAGAACACUCUCACACAAGUUUGCUAAACGUCUCUUCGAACAAGGUUUCUAUCAGGAGGCUACAAUUGCAUAUAUAUUAGCAUGUGAUUAUUUCCAAGUGGCUAAUCUAUGGAAAUUACAACAGAGUUUAAGUAGCACUAAGGCUGGUUUGGACGGCGGUAGAUUGGAGGAAAGAGUUGAGAUGAUGCUGAAAUUAUCAGUGUUGUCAUUUUCAAUGUGGAGUAAUACAACUGCUGGAUACCAAAAUGAUAGUUUUGACUCCGUUUUGAUGGAACUGUCUGAAGUAUUCAUUGAUGCUGGCAUGUUGGAUAAGGCCUUGGAAACCCUUAAUGUCACGGGGGCCUCAAAUUCUGAACAACUUCGACAAAUGAAAUCGAAAAUUGAAAAUCAACUUGCAACUAAACACUCACCUCAAUAUUCCGUACAACAACCCGUUCAACCUGUUCAAUCCGUAGUACAACAAGCUUACGGAGCUCAGCCGCUGGUACAACCUGGGGUUCAGCAAACUCCUUACGGAACGCAACCUGUAGUACAACCUGGGUUACAACAUCCAGCAACGUCAACGGUACCAAAUGCAGUACAUUCUGUUGGCCAACCAACACCUUAUACAACUCAAUCUUCUGUACACGGAGUUGGAAGUGGACUAACAACAGCACCAGUAGCAAACCUAAGUCAAUCAAUGACAAAUACUACAACAAGGACUGUGCCUCUAACAGCUCUUCAACCUACUUCACAUUACCCAGCACAAGCCACUAAUUAUCCAGGAUCAACAGCAGUUCCAGGAGUGGCACAGAGUUAUGCAACGGCAAAUUCAGUGUCAGGCUCAACAGCUGUAAGUUCAGUGUCAACAGGAUUUCUAAGUUCACAGUACCCAAGCAACACCUCAAGCACUAACUUAUCCUCAUACAACAGUCUACCACAUUCUACCAACUUAAAUACUACACACACUAAUUUGAAUCCUACUCAUACUAAUUUGAAUCCUGCACAUGCUAAUUUGAAUGCCGUUCCAAGUCAUUUGAACACAAGUUUGAACACAAAUUUGAAUACUAGCUUGACUGCGAAAGUUGGUAGUGGUGUGGCAAACAUGAGUCAAACAAGUAGGCCAGGUUAUAACUCAAAUGUUAGUAACCCAGUACAUCCACUGACAAGUAGACCGCAGAGUUACAGUAUGGGACCAAGUGCACAGAAUUACUCAGUUGGAACAGCCGCACCAAGUUAUAGUAGGGGGGGCAGUGGACAGAGCUUCAGCAUGGGAAGUAGUGCACCAGGCGCAGUUGCAGGUGCAGUGAAACCAGGAAUGCCAGUACCCUGGCCAAAUCCAACAGCGACACAGCAGCUGUCCUCAAAAACAGUUGCGACGCAGGAGUCGAACAAGUUAAUAAUAGCGUCAACGCAGAAUGUGCCCAAGGGAGAAAUGAUGCCAAAGGCUGAUUUAGAUUUGGUGGUCUCAACGUUAAAUUCAUUGACAGCGAAACUCGGAGAUUCCAAGAUGGAUUUAGAAAGUAAACAGAGCGUAAAUGAUUUAGUAGGCAUGUUGAAACAAGGUUCACUUAGUGCUGAGGCGAAUUCGCUCCUGGCCACACUGUGUAGAGCAGUCUCACAAGACGAUUAUUACAACGCCAACCUCAUCCUUACCAACAUCAUUUCCAAAAUCUGGGAUAACCAAAACAAACCCUGGAUCCUGUGUCUUAAACGAUUAAUUCCCAAAUAAUAUUCUACCACAUAGUA